UGCCAUCAGGGAUGCAAGUGUUUGUGCCCUGAUACUUCUGUGUCCCUACUCACCAGAACCGUAGCUCGAACACUGGGUGUUCCCAGCCAUCAGAACUUCACGUACAGGAAAGCACCCCCAACUUGAAUGUUGUAUCAGACGGCGAUUUAGCUCCGUAAGUCCCUAUCAAUUUCGAUAUCAAAUAAGCUUAUGUGUUGUCUCAGCGAGGGGGAGAAGGAUAUGGCGGAGAAGGACGUGGUGGAGAAGGACGUGGGGGAGCAGGACGUGGUGGAGAAGGACGUGGACGUGGUGGAGAAGGACGUGGACGUGGUGGAGAAGGACCAGCCAACUCUAAGCGAAUUAGCAAGUGUCAUGAAACAAGUAUUGGAUGUUCUCCAGGACUCCACGAUUGCGUCGAAGAGCGGCAAGGACCAUCGAUCUCGUUUCUGGGGGGUGUACAAGAGAGUCGCGGAGGAGCACGACGGCGAGUUCCUUGAGCGAUACACCAGUGACAUGGACAUUGUUUUGGUCUUUUCUGGUCUUUUCUCUGCUGUCAGCACGUCUUUUAUUGUGGCAAUGGAGUCCAAUCUCAAUCCCAACCCCAGCGACACGACGAAUGCUCUUCUCACACAACUUGUACAAAUCGGACUCGGGAACCUCACUGUAGCUGGUACUGCGGCCGCAGCACCAGGAUCUACGUGGUCGCCGUCGCCGACGACUGUAUGGAUCCAAAUGAUCGCAUACGCAAGCUUGUCUAUGAGCUUGCUCGCUGCUUUCGGGGCCGUACUAGGCAAACAGUGGCUCGGGUACUACAAGUCGAACAGAUAUGGCCGCGGCUCGCAAGAGGAACGAGGAAAGCGCAGGCAAGAGACGUUCGAUGGCAUCAUCACAUGGUAUUUUGAUGCUGUUGUGCAAUCCUUUCCGGUCUUACUUCAGAUCUCCCUUCUUCUGUUUGGGAUCGCGCUCGGGGCCAAUUUGUGGACCCAGCAGCCGAGCAUUGCCUGGGUCAUCAUUGCCACCACGACCUUCGGAUUUCUGUUCUAUUCGCUGACCGUGAUGGCAUGUUUGAUAUCUCCCGCCUGUCCAUUUCAAACGCCGAUAUCGACGAUAUUGCGCAUGUUGCGCAUCGACAAAGUUUUACUCCUAAUAUUCACACCAGCCUCCAGGUAUAUCCAGCAGCUCAUGAUGUCAGCGCAUGGUGAGCUUUAUUGUCUUACGUGUCCACAGGUUUUUACCAUUCCUUGUCAGGUGUGCUGCGGCGAUUGUUUGGCAUCGUCAGAUCGAGAUGGACCCGAUUGUCUGAAGCAUUGAGAGGCCCUAUACGUGCGGUCGGCGCAUUUGCAUGGAGUUCUGUUCUGCAGGUGGUGGACUCGGAAAGACAACCGCUCGACCAAAACCUGGACAUUUUGGCGGAGAAUCAAUGCACCCUCGCUCUCGACCUCCCUG